UUUAGUGUUCCAAAACAAAUGGCAGAGAUUCUUGUAUUUCAAGGGCCAUUUAUACCGUGUCUGAUAUCCUCUACCAUCCCGUUCGUUUCCAAAAGUCUGUAAAAUAGCCAUUGAGACACUUCACGGACAACAAUGGACGUUUCAUCCCUCUUUGCACAUGUUGAUCACGUCCUCGUUGCCGAGUUUGAUAUCGACAAGGGGUCGUCGCUGUCCUACCAAUAUCCUCUGGAAACGGGGACAGAUGUUCACAUGUUGGCAGACCUUAUGCUGCCGGAUGGGGCGCACCUCCGGGAAGAGGACUGGACAAUGUUCUUCUUGAAUCAACCUAUUAUGGGUCAGGAGAGCGGGUCAGAGACGUUGACGUCUAACAUACCAGAUCACAUACGGCAUUCCCUUUUACCUGCUUCUGCGUACCAAUACGAUGCAAAUCGCGGAUGGAGCACAAUAGGGCCGGAACCUACCAUCCAACUACAACUAGCUGAAAAAUGUACGAUUUGGGAUGACCGAUGCACGCAAGUCGUAACAGAAUUUAACCUUUCAGAAGUGGAGUAUCGUCGAAAUGGACCGUUGUGCUCAUAUUUGUUUGUGCGGGGUCAAACGUGGGCUAUACGGUUUUGUUCGGAAGAUGAUGAGAUUUAUUUUCUCGAUGCCAUUGAUCGGGUGUUGGAUGGUGCGGUAGAAAACACGACAGAGCUCCCUCCGCCGCCUCCACAGGAACAAAACCGGAAACCUCUAUUAUAUGUCCUUAAUUUAGUGCGGACCAAGCAUAUCAGUGGUGUGAGACGUGGUGCGAGAGUCAAAGCCAUGGCGAUUGCGUCACGACACAAUUCGGUGCAUGCGUUCAAGCCACUACUACUUUUAGCAUUGGACAAAUAUUUCACAACUCCCUCUAUCGACGUCGUGACCGAACUGUACAAAUCGAUAAACGCAAUGGACGUGUCACUCAUGCCCCGAUUAUCGACUCUUGAAAAAAAGAUUCUACGUGCUUCAGAGGACCGAAGUUUAUUUGAGGAAAAGUUUCAGGAUGCGGUAGAUGGUAUGCCAAACUCGCCUGGAGUGGAUAGAUUAAUUCGAAGUGGUAGUGUGGAUACGACGGCCAGUUUUGCGUCUGCGCGACAGGGGAGGGAGAGUGCGGUACCGCAGGAUGGGCAGCCUGUUCUUGUUAGAGCUGGGACACAGACAAAACCGAGUAAUAAGGACCGCCAUUACUUUGAGACCAAAGUCGCAUAUGGUGGAAUUAAGGUUCCAAUACGAAUACCACUCACGGCGUAUUCAGAAGAAAUUGGCGAUUUUAGCGUCUCAAAGUUUCUCAGUUCGUUUGGGCAAGCAUCUGCCAUCAACCCCCCACCCGGCCCCUCAAAAGACACACCUCCACCCUCCCUUCAAUGGAAAAACGGCGCUCCAUUCCACUGGCAUCCCCAUCUCGACAGCGGUCCCCAGACACAUCCGAUCAUUGUACUCAUGAACGCACUCUUGAGUGAGAAGCGGGUCUUGUUUUUGGGGGAUAAGCGACCGAGUGGGGAGGUGGCUCAUUAUGUGCUUGCGGCGUGUGCGCUUGCGGGUGGGGGUGGGAGUAUUUUGAGGGGGUUUGCGGAGCGGUGUUUUCCGUAUGUGAGUCUAGCUGGUCUAGACUACCUUUUAGCCGUGCCUGGAUAUAUUGCUGGUGUGACGAACCCUGUUUUUGAAGAGCAGCCAGCGUGGUGGGACGUGUUGUGCAAUAUCAAUACGGGAAAGAUUACUGUUAGUCCGCUUUUGACGGGUAGUGCGUCGAAUGGGUUGCGGGAUUCUACUGGGAAGGAGAGGGAGAAGGACAGGGAUUGGAUGCGUGCUGGGUCUUGGGAAGGGGAUAAUGAGUUUAUUCAAGAGGCGUUAUUGGCGGUUCUUUCACAUACAGGAGAACUCCACGUUCGACAGCGUUUUCAUGACUAUAUCCGACGGACGGUGGACGUGUGUGCCGCGUACGAAAUUGACACAUUUGGCACGUCAAGUAUUGCUGUAUUGGGACACCAUGUUGAGCAUGCUGAAUUGGGGUUUGGCCCCUUUUUCAAUGACUCGCUACUUCGAAAGCGGGAGACGUUCAUGUUGGGGAAUCGGAUUGAAGGAUGGAGGCAAUCAAAGAGUUAUCGAAAUUGCCAGCAGGAUUUUCAAGUCUAUUUACACCGGCGAGCGAUAAAAUCUCUUGAUGUUCGAUACCUCCUUUCUGCCCUCCGAUCCCCGCAAACCAUGAUGGAACCCAUUGCGAUACGAACGUUUCUUGGAUUACAGGAUGCAUUAGCGGGUGGUGAUGAUGAUAUGGUGAUUGAGCUGUUGAGUUUGUUACCGCAGAGUCAGGGGGGUGUGUUCCCCAUUGCGGUAGGGUUAUUUCAUGCAAGGUGGGAGUUACGGAGGGCGUGUGUGAGGUUGUUACGACGGAUUGGGUGGCAUAAGGUAGGACAAAAGUUUAUUGGACACUUGAAUGCGUUUGUGCAAGUGGUGUACCAGCGGAUUCAUGGGGAAUUUUAUCGAGGGGAAGUACCUCCCGGAGUGGAUUUACUGCAUGUCGAAUGGAAUGAGAUUGGGUCGCGGGUAUCCUCCAUUGAAGGGUUUUUGAGACGGGAUUCGAAUGCCAAGACGCCUCGGAAUGUUACGAUGGAUGAUUCGCAAAUGAAACCGGUACGGGAAACUACUCAACCAACACCCUCUUCACCACCACACCCCUCGACACCACCCCGCCAAUCCAGCACGACACCCCCAACAGCCCUAAGCCCCGUCGUAAAAAGACUAUUACAACAACAACAACAGAAACAAGAGCAAUUACGAGCGAAAUUGACGGCGUUGAAGGAUGAUGGGGUUUUUGUUACGGAUAUUAUGAACCCAGAGUUUGGGAAGGAGUUUGUUAGGGAUGAUAAGGUUGAGGUUGGGAAGAAUGUGGGUGAGAAGAGUGACGUAGGAAAGGGCGAGAUUGGAAAGGGUGAGGAGGGGGCUCCGUUGGCUCCGAAACGGGGGGCGAGUAUGCCAAAAGUUGAGGUAAGGAAAUGCAAGAAAUCGUACGUGAUUUUUUUUUUUCUUAUUUUGUUGGGGGAUUUUUUUUUGGGUUAGGACGAUCGACGACCUAGUGUUGAAAUUUAUGAAGAUGAGAUCGCCAUUGAACACGACGAUCGCGAAGACCAACAAGAACAGCAUGAAUUUGAUGAUGAUGACGAUGAUGAUCAGGGAUCAUUAGAGGAUUUAAUGACCUUGUACGGCGGAACCGAGUCUGACCAUUCAUCAUAACACCCAACCAACAAUUUUUUUAAAAAAAAAAACAUAAUCUAUUAUAUUUUCCGUUCCGCAAGAGCGGUCCCAACCC